AUGAAUCUCAAGUUCAAGGGACAGUGGAGUGCCUCUGAGAUCAAGAUUGUGAAAUCCCUCAUUGCAAGGGACAACGCCAACAACAAUGGUACUAGUGAUAUGAACAAGAAGCACAAUCAAAUUGUGGAUGAGCUCCAGGCAAUGUUCCCUAGCAAGGAGAAGCAUCAGCAUGUGGAAGCAAGUAGCAACCUCAUGAAUCAACCCUUUGGGGUGUUUGUGGGGGAUCCAUCAAUGGGCAACAUGAAAGCAUUUGAUGGUUAUCAAAAAGUGGAGAUGUUCGGCACAAGGAAUGUGAAGGAGACUCCACAGAGGAAGCCCACUCCUCGGAAGGAGAUCCAACACACUGGGAGGUUUUGGACCACAGACGAGCAUAGGCAAUUCCUCCGUGGUCUACAUGUGUACGGUCGUGGAAAUUGGAACAACAUCUCUAGGCACUUUGUUACCACCAAGUCCCCUGUGCUAGUUUCUAGCCAUGCUCAAAAGUACUUCCUCAGGAAAGAAAAUGGCACCAAGAAGCAGCGUUAUAGCAUCAAUGACAUUGAACUUUAUGAUUUUGAGCCCUUGUCGCAGACAAAUGCUUCUAUCUAG